AUGGCAGCUCUGAACAAAGACUACCCUUUGACGGGUGUCGUCAUUUGCUUUACAUCAGUCCAAAUUGAGCAGCGGACUCAACUAACCCAAAUAGCGGAACAAAUGGGCGCGAUGCACAGUGUCCACCUUACGUCGGACGUAACCCAUUUACUUGUGGGUGAUACAAACAGCGACAAGUACCGAUUCGUUGCGCGGGAACGAAAUGAUGUGGUGGCCAUGAAACCAGACUGGAUCGAGGCCGUUCGAGAAUCGUGGACAAAAGGCGAGGAUAUAGACAUCCAGGCGCUGGAGAUACAAUAUAAAUUGGCCACUUUGCAUGGACUCAAGAUUUGCAUUACUGGAUUCUCAGACCUUCCCUUCCGUUCCUACAUGCAGAAGACUACAGAGGAGAAUGGGGCUGAAUACCGGAAAGACCUGACAAAGUCAGUGACCCAUCUUAUUGCGCGCAAUUCGGACGGCGAGAAAUACAAAUUCGCAACACAAUGGAACAUCAAAGUCGUUUCGGUCAAAUGGUUCACCGACAGCAUCGAGCGAGGAAUGAUCCUCGGCGAAGAGAGAUACCACCCGCUAGUCCCACCGGCAGAACAAGGUCUCGGUGCCUGGAAUCGAACUUCGCCAGUGGAGAGGGAGCCCUCUAAAAAGGACAACCCUGCCACAAAAGAGAAUCCCAUGAACCCGCGACCUAGAAAACUACGCAGGAUCGCAAGUACCAAGCUGGUGGACCAGAACGAAAGCAUCUGGGGUGAUAUUGUCGGAACUGGGUUCGAGAACAUCCAGGCAAAUAAGCCAAAAACAGCACCCCAAGGACGAGGACCCGAGGCCCCCAAGCCUGUCAUCCAGGCAUAUCAGUCAUUCGCCAGCGAAACUACCUUUUCCGAGAACAUGGAGACUAGCCAGAAGCCAGCUAAACCGUCAAAAGACAAUGGGUUCCUACACGAGACUUAUUUCUUCAUUAAAGGAUUCUCUUCCAAACAGACGGGCGUUCUGCGCGAUCAUCUCACCUAUAACGGAGCUCAGCUAGUGAACUCGCUGACUGAGUUUUCUAGCCCUAGUAUCCCAAAGACAGGACACGGGUUGUACAUCAUGGUGCCAUACCAGACCCCCAGAUCGGAGACUCCUUCAACAGAUGAUAUGGCAUUCGAAUGUGAGGUUGUCACCGAAAUGUGGCUGGAAAGGUGCAUCGGUGCCAAAGCUUUUGUCCCACCAGAGUCUCAUGUCGCAAGCACACCUUUCCCGAAGUUUCCUAUACCAGGAUUUUCGGAAAUGCGGAUAUGCUCUACCGGCUUUGGAGGCAUCGAUCUUCUGCAUGUACGCAAACUGGUCGUGUUGAUGGGUGCCACCUAUGGUGACUACCUCACAGAAAAAGCAUCAAUUCUCAUCUGCAACGAUCCUCAAACAGCGAGCUUGGACAAGUUACGGCACACGGCCGAGUGGGGAGUUCCAGCAGUGUCUGCCGACUGGCUUUGGAUAUCUAUACAAACUGGCCAAAGAAAACCAUUUGAGCCAUACAUUGUUCGGCGCGGAAUAUCUCAAAACUCCAGCAGUGCAGAGAAAUUCACCGCUGCAUCUGCAAAGCGAAAGCAAUCCCAUAACGACGGUGAACGACGAGAAAGUAUCCCAUCAAACAUCUCCACCAAAUCAACGAAGCACAGCACUGAGAAGCGGGGCCUGAAGAGGACUGAUUCAAAGCGAGCAGCGCCAGUCAUUGGCGAUGGCUUCGAAGAUGACGCCCCUAAACCCUCAGUUCCAGAAUCCCGCACUCCAUCCCCAGACAGAGCACCAGAAAAGCCAACCACUGAGGAGCAAAACCCAAAGCAACCAACGCUAAGUGCAGACCCAGCACCAGCAACGGGACCAUCCGCCCUCGACACAGCCCUGAGUGGACUCCUCCAACAAGCCCGAGCAGCCAAGUCACGACAGCAAUCAGACAACACAACAACAAACGAAGACGGCAGCUACCCACAACGACGAAAGCGCAAACCCCUGCUCGGCCGCGCCCCAUCACACUCCUCAAACCGAAUGCUAGAUGGCCCACGGGCCGUCUCACGCGCCAGCUCAAUCGAUACACUAAACGACGACGGUCUGGGCAGCGCAAUCGAAAGCGCCAACCCGACACGAGACAAUUCGAUUUCCCGCAGUAACAGCCGCAUCGAACAAAGCCUAUCAUCUAUGCUCAGCGGCGGAAAAUUCGAUUUCCUUCAUGAUCGACUCCCCCGUACGGAGGACGAAGAUGAGGAAAAUCAGGAACCGCAGAUGACGCAGCUGGAUUAUGAGGAUCCCGAUGCUGCGGCUAUGAGGGCUGAGUUCCUUAAAAACGCUGGGAAAGUGUCUAGUAAGAAGAGUGACAGGGCUGAUGUGCUUGUUGGAGAAGUACGGGAGUUGGAGGAUAUCGGAUGGGCGUCUGGACGGAGGACUAGGAAGCAACCUGUUAAACUUGAUGAUGAUGGGUGA